AUGUCUUUCUACGCCCCUCCAAAUCAGCAGCGCAUGCUGCGCGCCUGUAUGGUCUGCUCUGUCGUCCAAGUUCACAAUAAAUUCAUGCGUGAAGGCUGCCCAAAUUGCGAGAGCACCCUCCAGCUCCGUGGAAACAAUGAUGCCAUCCAAGAAUGCACGUCACAGGUCUUCGAAGGUCUGAUUGCUGUUCGGGAUCCGGCUGCCAGCUGGGUCGCUCGUUGGCAGCGGUUGGAUAACUACGUGCCGGGCACAUAUGCGACCAAGGUCACGGGGACACUUCCGGAAUACAUUAUCAACAGUCUCGAGGACUCUGGCAUUAAAUAUGUCCCGCGAGACGGAAGCACUGGCGAGGAAGAUGCAUGAAACACCUACCCUUAAGACUUUAACGCUACACGAACCCACC